CAAGGGUUGCAAGAAGCUAAAGAAAAUUUACCAUUACAACCAUCUGUUGAACACCUGGGAGCAAAGGUGCGAGAUGAUUUCACGAAGACUCAGGUGUGGCCUGGUGCACCUGAAGGGGUACAUCUAUGCCAUCGGUGGUGAUGACGCUAAGGAAACAGCGGAGAAAUACGACCCUAGUCGUGAUGAGUGGACAACCAUACCACCCCUCCCCCACCCCAUGUGCCGGGACUUUUGUUCUGUGGCUCUUGGUGACAGCAUCUAUGUCAUAGGUGAGUUUGAGGAAGGCUGCUACAGCUUCAGUACCACAAACAACGUGUGGAACAAGAUAACGAACAGGAAUAUGCCAGCAUCAUACCCUCAGGCCGUCAUGUAUCAGGGAAGCAUCUACUGUACAGGGAACAUGGGACCGAUGAUUGGAGUGGUCCCAGAGAUAUACAACCCUGCAAAAGAUGAAUGGAAGCAGUCUGGAAAGUAUGGUUUUGCCUCCCACGCAACAAUCAUGGCCAGGUAUGGAGAGACCCUGUACCUCCUCAAGGUACACAGGAACACGAACCUUUAUGCUAUGAGGACUAGCAUUGACAUUAACCAGUAUCAGCCAGAGACAGACUCUUGGCAGUCAGAUAUAGACUCCAGACAGAGACAGUCUGUACAAGACAAGAGCAGUCUGGUUCCGCCCAUGGCACGCUGGUUGGGUUCCAUGGGUUUGCGACAUACACUUCAAGUUCACUGUCUAACGGCAAGAAUGGUCCCACAGUGCCUGAGGCAUUAUGGUACAGAAAUAUACAAGGACCCUCCCAGCCAUGGAGAAGAGGGGAGCGGAAUCUCAGAUGACAGUAACGGUGAAGACGACCUCUCUGAGCAAGAGGACGACGGAAGUGGAAGUGACAAUGGCAACAUCUAA